CAACUACAAAACCCUAAUCUCAGUUUCUGGUGUUUGUUCUCCUUUGGUCGUGAUUGAUUUUGUUGUCGAAAGUUUGGAUCUUUUUAUAGAAAUCUGAGUUUGAAAGAGAUGAACAGAGGAAGAAGGAAUCUGAAACAAGCAGCGUCAGAGCAGGACUUCACGCUUGAGGAAUGGCAGAGCAUCGUUCAGGUCGUCUCUCUCAGAGGUUCCAAUCAAAUUGAGAUAAUGGAUGCAAAAGGAGAGAACUCAUUAGCAUUGAUUCCAGCCAAGUUUCGUGGGAGCAUGUGGAUCAGACGAGGAAGCUUUGUGGGGAUUGACCAUAGAGGAAAGGAAAAGGCGCAAGAAUCUGGUAGCAAAGUCACAUCUAUUGUCUGUAAAGUUCUCUUCUUUGAGCAAAUCCGUCUCCUCCAAAAGUCUCCUGAAUGGCCUGAAAUCUUCAGGGAUGCUAAGCCAGUUCCAGCUGAUGAAAGCUCUCAAGUACCCAUGGCAGAGCAAGACGGUGAAAUAGGUUCGAGUGAUGAAAGUGAUGAUGGCAUGCCUCCACUGGAAGCAAACACAAACAGGUUGAGACCGUUUGGAGUGCAGUGUGAUGCAGAAACAGAUUCUGAAUCAGAUUCUGACUCAUAGAAAAGUCUGGUACAUUCUUUUUGAAAGCCUUUGCUUUUGUCUCAAUCAAGAGAGGGAACACUAUAGUUUGUGAGAUGUCCCUUACUAAACAGUAUGUAACCAACUCAGAGCUGCUUAAAUAUGCAGAGUUUUGAUUUGCAAUGAAUUUGAUUAUUGAUC